UCCAACCCACUCCUUGCUCAAUAAGGUGACAGUUUAGCAGCCAUGUCAUUUCACAAAACAAAAACGUAUGCUCGACUUUGUCCUUUAUUUAAGGAUCAUGCAAAAUAUGAGCGUUGACUGGCUUUUGAUAUUCCAUCUCUAAUAUGGCCUCAGGGGAUAUCAAAAAGGUGGUCAGUCGUGGUGGGACUGCCUCGAACUAUGUGAGCUGGUGUGUGGACACUGUCCCCACAUCUCCCUAUCCAAGCCCCCCACACAGACACUGCAGUGAAACAGAAAGCCACAGGGAAGAAAAGCAGACACGGCAGUUAUCUCAUGAAGAUGAUGCUAAAGGACAUAGAGCGAGUAAUGAGGCACCAGGGAGUGACUCAAACCAACAGGACCUCUCUAUGUUGUCCCCAAGUGCGGAACAAUAUCACCUGCCCAGAAGUAGCCCUGUCAUCUCCUGUAGGAGGACACCCAUAUCCUGUCUUGGAGAUACCAGACUGUCGGUUUCGCCCCCUACCACUGCGGCCUCAAUAGAUGUUAGUGGUGACAGCCUACCGGCAUUCGACCAAUAUAACCUUAGUCUUUCUGGCCCCCCCACACUGGAAUCACAGACGUCAAAUAGUAGUGUGGAGGCAGGCUCCGCCCCCUGUCACUGUCUAGCUGUGUCUCAGACAGAUCGGCCACGCUCUGUCUCCCUCUUCUCCAACCUUAACCGUUUGCUGACCAAUGGGUUACAUCUUCCUUUCAAGGGCCCCCCAUGGCCCGGGCUGGACCGGGAGGAGUGCCCCCGUCACGCCUCCUUGGAUCUACAAUUAGAGGCUGUUCAGAAUGAAAGAUCAAGAAACACUCAACGCUGCUCCUCAGACACCUUCAACACUGGCUGUGAUCUGGACAAGGAGAAUGCUCAUUUCAUAGUGGUGGACAUGGUGCUUGAGGCAUUGGAGGGGGUGAAGUGGGCAGAGAGCCUGAGUCAGACGUGUGUUGGGGACAUGAGGAACCAUGAAGAGGCCCUAAAGGAGUCAGGGGCCAAACCGCCCAUCUACCCCUCAAAAACAUACUCUCUUGUGUCUACUGACAGUGGAUAUGAAGGUUUGGGAGAGGACAAUGGACUAGUAACAACAAACACUACCAUUUCCUUUAAACGUUCCCUAGGCUGUCCCAUAAUACCUUGCUCUGCGGAGGGCCUAGCCCAGCAGCUGGUGUGUGACUUCAGGAAGCAGUGGUUUCCCAAACAGGAGCUGAAACAUGGCCGUCAGAGCAUCAGAACCUCACUACAGGAACUUCCUGGUGGGGUUUCCAUGGUUACUGAUGCCCGCCUCAGUUUGAGUGAGGAGAUCAUACAGAGAACCAGAAUGAGGGGCAAUCUAAACUGGGCCCCGCCCCGUUUCCAGAUAAUCUUCAGCAUCCAUCCCAGGAAGAGGCGCAGUGAGGUUGUUGCCUCCCAACACUUCCUUUGUGCAGGCUGUGGAACAGAUAUUGAGCCACGAUACAUCAAGAAACUGCGUUACUGUGAAUACCUGGGCAAGUACUUCUGUGACUGUUGCCAUAGUGGUACUGAGUCUGUGAUCCCAGGCCGGAUUCUGACCCAGUGGGACUUUGGGAGGUACCUGGUUAGUGACUUCUCCAAGAAACUGCUUGACUCUAUCUGGCACCAACCUUUAUUUGAUCUGACCUGUGUUGGUAAGACCCUCUACAGCCGGGUGCGAGAACUGGACAAAUUCAGGGAUCUGCAAGAGCACCUGCUAGGCAUUAAGAGGCUGCUGACAGCAUGCAGGUUAUCAGAGAGGGUCCUGAAAGAGUUUGAGCAGCUUCCUGAUCACCUUACACAGGAGCCCCAUCAGUUCUCCAUGGAUGACCUCCUGAGGGUCAAACGGGGUCAGCUCGUACCAUUGGCUAGGGCCGUACUACAAGUGUCCAUCACCCAUGUGGAGAGUUGUCAGGUCUGCUUAGCCAGAGGCUUUAUCUGUGAGUUCUGCAAGCAGAAGGAUGUGCUCUUUCCUUUCCAGAGCGAGACAUGUAAGCGGUGCAAAGAAUGCAAGGCCUGUUUCCACAAAGACUGUUUCAGACACGAGAAGUGUCCUAAGUGUGUACGGAUCCAAUCUCGCAAAAAACGGAUGGACGCAUUCUGCCUCUAGGGUACACAUGGGUGUGUGGAAAUACAGUGGGGUCAUUUUGUCUUUCUGUCUUGAGUGAAUGAAUACGGAGUAUUCUAAAUAGUCAAAUGCUGUGCAUUAGAGUUUAGUAGUAUUAUUCAAAUCACUAAGCAUGUCACAUCAAAGAAGCAUGUACUGAGAUAGGAAUGGAUCCUGCCAGUCCUACCUGCACUCAUCAUGAGUGGAAAAGAAAAUGUCUAUCUACAGUAUAUCCCUUAAUGACAAAGCAAAAACACGUUUUGAGACCCUUAUGCCAUUUGUCCUUUGAACAUCCCUGAGAUGUCUUUAGACCCUGAGGAAAGUUCAGCUGUGGCAAAUUCAAUUGAUUGGACAUGAUUUUGAAAGGCACAAACUUGGACUGGAUAGGAACAACUCCUUAAAAAAAGCAUAUGACAUAUCGCCUGAAAGAUUCUGAGAGCAUGAGGAAAGAUUCUCUAAAUCAACCUAUUGAGCCUGAAUGACAAGCGCUUUGUUUGGCGGAAAGUUUACUUCUCAUCACCUGGCUAAUACCAUACCAACACUCAGGGGCGUUGGACUGGGGGGAAAAGGGGUACUAAGUAUA